AUGGGCGAGGCAGAAGCGGAGGGGUCGAGGGACAUGGUUAGGCUUCCUAAGUGGAAGGAUAGGCCUCGCACGAGGGCGAGGGAGGGUGCAGUGGUAUACCCGAAGGCAGGGACAGCGGUCUGUACGAGGACAGAGGGGAGGACAGCGACAAGGGCCGAGAAGGACACGGCGAGGAACAGAAAGGCGGCGAAGUUCAUAACGGCGGAUGCACAGGGUAUGAGGGACAGCAGACGUAACGUGAACUGA